AUGUCACAAGAGCUCCACCCUCCCUCCGACACCAACUCUCGCCCUACCCCGCCGUCCCCUCACCCCGGCACAGCUCCACCCUCCCCAGCUCUACACCCGCCCCUCCCCUUAUGCCAGGCCAUCCAGUUCAGUGCGGUGAGCGAUGGUGCACCUCUGAAGGCCCUCACCUGUUCUCCCUCACCAAUCCUCUCACUGGUAUCCACAGGGAGCCGCGAGGCCGCCUACACGUACGCGGUGACCAGCGCGGGAGUCACCCACAGCGUCACGACCGCUUGCUCCCGCGGCAACAUCUCCACCUGUGGCUGUGACGACCGCAGGCGAGGGCGGUACAGUUCCUCCGGGUGGAAAUGGGGCGGCUGCAGCGCCGACAUUAGGUUCGGGGUCAGGUUCGCGCGGGAGCUCCUGGACGCCCGCGAGGUGGAGGGGGACGGCCGCGCCCUCAUGAACCUGCACAGCAACCGGGCGGGACGCAGGGCGGUGCGGAGCGGGAUGAGGACGGAGUGCAAAUGCCACGGCGUGUCGGGCUCCUGCACCGUCAAGACCUGCUGGAAGACCCUCCCGCCCUUCACCUUCAUCGGGAAGCACCUCUUCCACAAGUACAGGAAGGCCAAGUCCGUCUCAGUGCAUAAGGCCUGGAGCACCGCUUCACGAGGAAGUAAAUCUGCAUUCCCGACGAGACGAGCGGCGAGGCGGCACCGCGGGUCCAGGCGGGGCGGCGGCUCCUCCGACACCCGCGUCAUGCCCUUCAGCUUCCAGCAGCAGACGAGCGGCUGAACAGACACUCCCCGGGAUGACUGAACGACAGCCAGGCUGGACUGAAUGAUCCAGCAGUUGCUGCAGUUACACUGGGACUUUCCAAAUACAGCAAAACAUACUCGCCACCUUCCUCUUGGCCACCCUGACUGUUGUACAAUUCCAUGUGUGGCCAGGUGUUGCAACCCUCCAAUAAGCACCUGUACCAAUCUGGAUAGAGCUGUGUAGUACACAGUGUAAGGACAAUCCAGUUGCCAGUCAAACAUCUGGCACUGUUCCCCAAAAGAGCUGACAAACUCCGAGCCAAGUUUUUUUUCUUUACACUCUUAUCUGGCCUAUAGCGCUGGUAGGCUUUCUUCAGGGGCCUGGUGGUUGACCCAAGCCCGUCAUGGCGCAGGGAAGUGUUUAUAGCAGCACCAUUUCUUCUUGGCUCAUGCUGCCCGCCGGAGCUCAUUCUUGAUUCACUUGGACAGUUCCUCUAGAGUUGGGGUUGAUAGGUGAUCUUCAGGACAGCACGUGGGUAGCCUUAUGUCACUUGGCAAUGACUGAAAAAUCCCAGGUGGUAGCAGAAGAUUUGAACCCGCAUUGUCCAGAACUUGGUGAAAGCAGGACCUGCACACUAACCAUUCAGCCACUGCCUCU